AUGAAAGGAAUUUAUGAAGAGAUUUAUCGAGUUAAAGACAAAGAUGAGAAUGAAGGAAUUCCAAUUAUUAUAGUUGGAAAUAAAUGUGACUUAGAAAAUGAAAGACAGGUAACGAAAGAAGACGGUAUAGAAUAUGCAGAUAGUGUCAAAUGUCCAUUUCUUGAAUGCAGUGCUAAAACAAAUGAAAACAUUAAUCAAAUCUUUGAUAUAAUAACAAGAAAUGUAGUUGAAUAUAAAUAUUCUAUAAAAGAAGAAAUCUGGACAAUAGAAAAGCCUAAAAAGGAGAAAGGGUGUUGUUUAUUUUGA